UCCACAGCCGUCUCACAUCCGGUCUCGACCACCGCAACCCCGCCCACAAUUCCCGGAACUCUGUUCAUCAUUCCGGCCCUCGACCGCCUUCAUCUCCGGGCCUUCCUCCGUUAACAAUCCUUCCUCCAUCCGCAAUAUCAAGACCUGGGAUUGACUCUAGAGUUAUGAAAGGUCCCGUCAACACCGGCAAUCCGCUGUUGCUGCCCGUGAUGAGCUCGGAGCCAACCGAUCUGCGAGCCGCCAGCAACACCAACACGGCCACUGACCAGGCGUUAUCGAGCUAUCUCGCCAAGCACCAACGAGCCUUAUCUCGACCGUCCAUCUCGCCGCCAUCAGUCUCUGACGCCCGCAACUUCAGCUCCAAUGCAUCCGCUCGCGUAUCGUCGCCGCGCAUCGUGCUUGGCCCUGGCGUUCUCGACCGUCUUCCUACCGAGUUGGGUCGGCCAGACCUCUCGGCGCCCCUCAUCGUCUCGAGUCCCUCACGCUCUGAUCUAACUAGCCGGAUACACGCUCUCAUCCCCGAUUUCGACAUGCGCGUUCUGGACCCAUCGAUCAUUGAGCAGUUCCCCGCUCGCAACAUGGACGACGACGUCAUCGAUGCCAUCUCUGGCCGGGACUGCGUGAUCAGUGUUGGCGGAGGUUCCGCCGUCGCAUUGACGAGGAUAAUCGGCUGACGCAAAGCUAUUCCGCACAUCUGCAUCCCGACGACCUACAGCGGCAGCGAAUUCAUGAUGAGGCCGCCCACGUCCAAGACAAAAGCGAGGGAUCGGCGGCGUCACGGGAAACGGGCAUCUAACGACUCCAGAGCCACCAGUUCCAAGCCGGUCCUCAUCAUAUACGACGAGGACCUAAUCGCUAGCACCACCAGGACUAUAUGUACCCCAAGUCCUC